AUGGCGCGCACAAAACCCGAAUCGAUUCGUCGCACACCAUCAGAAACACUGGCACAGAAUGGAAGUACUAAUGGCUCUAUACGGCGUCGUCGCGAAAGCGUGACUGAGAGCAUUGAGCACAAGCUGGAGGAAGUUGCGGAAGCUGCGGCGCGCAACCCACAGGAACAGAGGCAGUCAGGACUUUUUGCCUUGGCUAUAUGCGUGGGCGGAAUCUAUGCAAGCUUCUUGAGCUGGGCCUACCUCCAAGAGAGGAUCACGACGACGACGUACGGAGAGAAAGAGUCGCGCUUCACCUACUCCAUCUUUCUCAACACAAUCCAAUCUGCAUUCGCAGCAUGCACCGGCGCAAUCUACCUCUUCGCCUCGUCUCCGCGCGACCCCAAAACCGCCGCCCGCAAAGUCCCGCCAAUUUUUCCUUCCAAAGCUAUCCUCUCGUCGCUUCUCCUCAUCGCUAUAACCAGCAGUCUCGCCUCUCCUUUCGGAUACGCAAGUCUUAAACACAUCGACUACGUUACCUUCAUUUUGGCUAAGAGCUGCAAACUCCUGCCCGUCAUGUUCCUGCACAUCACUCUGUUCCGCAAAAAGUACCCUGUCUACAAGUACCUCGUGGUCGCAUGCGUGACGCUCGGCGUCGCCGUCUUCACCCUCUACAACCCGUCCACAGCCAAGAAAGCAGCAAAGAAGGGCGUCAGCGCAGACGCGAGCAAGACGCUGGGUCUCUUCCUGCUGGGCAUUAACCUUCUCUUCGACGGCCUCACCAACACAGUACAAGACCACAUCUUCACCACCUUCAAGGGCUUCACAGGCCCGCAGAUGAUGUGCGCCCAGAACAUCAUGAGCACCCUCCUCACAGUAGCCUACCUCGUUCUCUCGCCCUAUCUCGCCGCAACCCCUCUCGGCUCCGCGGUUGGACUAUCCCCUUCCUCGGGCGGUGAGCUGAAAGAGGCUCUUGCUUUCGUCACCACGUAUCCAGCCGUUGGUUGGGAUGUUCUUGCGUUUGCGGCGUGCGGCGCUGUUGGACAGGUCUUCAUCUUCCACACGCUCGCGCACUUUUCGAGUCUGUUGCUCGUGACCGUGACGGUUACGCGCAAGAUGCUGACCAUGCUGAUGAGCGUUGUGUUGUUUGGGCAUACGGUCACGGAGAUGCAGUGGGCGGGUGUUGGGCUGGUGUUUGGAGGGAUUGGCGCAGAAGCGUGGUAUCAGAGCCGCGAGAAGAUUGCUAAGAAGAAAGCUGCUUCCGCUGCGAAGAAGCAGUAG